UGUAACUCCUACUAGCUACUGUACUGAGAGCUGCGGGGCUCACUUCUCACUAAACAGUCAGAGGUGGGUGCCCGUGCAAAGGCCAUCGGAUCAAUGGCUCUGCCUGGUACCCUCAGAUUUGGGGUGCUGAUGGCCCUGCCAGGGGCACUGGCCUCUGGGGCAGACCCAGAGGACGGUGUGGGCUCCAGUGUGGUCACCAUUGUCCUGCUGCUCUUGCUCCUGCUGCUGCUGGUCACUGCCCUAGCCUUGGCUUGGCGUCGCCUCAGCCGUGCCUCAGGGGGGUACUACCACCCAGCUCGUCUGAGUGCUGCCUUGUGGGGCCACACCUGCCGCCUGCUCUGGGCCAGCCCUGCAGGCCGCUGGCUUCGCGCCCGCACUGAACUGGGAUCCCCAGAAGAAUCAGGGCCGCGGGAAGAUGAAGAGGAUGUAGAAGAUUUUAUGAUAGAUGGCGGCCCCAAGGAAGCUGACGCCAAGGAAGAGGAGCAGCGGUGUCAAGCAGAGCAGACCCGAGAUCCAUGUGACACAGACAGUGACGGGGGCCUGGGCCUGAGCUCUCAGGGUCCCGUGGGCUCAGGCAGCAGCGCUGAGGCCCUGCUGAGUGACCUGCAUGCCUUUUCUGGCAGUGCUGCCUGGGAUGACAGCACUGGAGGAGCAGGGGGCCAGGGCCUCCGGGUCACUGCACUAUAGGAGUCAGCUUGUCCUGUUCCUGCCCCAGCCUCUGACUCUUCCCAUGUUGUCAUGGUGAAACACAAGCUGCCCUGGACCUUCGUCACCCCACCCUCACAUCAGCUUCUUAGACUGACACCCCCAUCAGUUCCCCAGCGUGUGUGUGCAUCCCAGACAGGCACUGGGCAGACAUUAAAAAUAAAACUUUGUAA